UUUCAUAUAAUCUAAAUGGAAAAAAUAAUUUAACUAAAUAUUAUCAAAAUAAAGAUAAUUUCAUUGUGAAUAUAAAAUCAUUAAUAAAUUAUUUAGUUUGUACUAUAUAAAAUGUAUAUAUAGAUAGAUUAUUAAUUUAUAAUUUUAGUGGAACAAUAUAUUUAUAUAGGACAUUAUAAAAAUAAUUAUCUUAUUAUUUUAUCGAUUUGUAUCAUAUUUUAAACCGGCCGAAUUUUGGGAUCGAGAAAAUUUAUUAAUUUUUAGUAUUCAUUAAUUUAUCGAAUGUGAAUUUAUAGAAUUUCUAAUAUAAAACUUGCAUCUGCGACUUAUUUUCAGUUUAGCUUAGUUAUGAUUGUGUUUUACACAUGCUAUCAGCUUUUAAAAAAAAAAUUGUGCCUUACGUAGCAUUCAGGGAGCAACUGCUUAAGGAUUUUGCUUUUAGAGUGGUGACCGUUUCAAAGGACGUUUUAGCUCUCCCUUUCUCUGAUGGUUUAAAACAAAAGAAAAUUAAUUAGAAUAAGUAUAUACGUCUUUGAAGGUUUUUUUCGUCAAACUAUAUGAGAGAAGACAAAAGAAUACUUGCAAGUCAAAGAGAAAAAUUGUUUCAAAGAUAUACGAUUACCAAUUCUUUUCUCGAAGUGCAAAUGUAAGGAAAUGAACGUUGAAUUAUUCCUUGAAUACCAGCGUGAGAACAACAAAUAUUCUGCAAUAUAUAUUAUUAACAAACCAUAGCGAAAACCAUUAUAAAUAAAGACACCCACAUGUAUCUAUUUCUUGCUCUUUUUGCGAUCUAGUACUAUUUUUCAAAGGAACUAAAAGAGAACAAAUUCUUCAUCUCUAAAUCAGUCUUUCCAUUGAUCCAAUUAAUUUUAUUUGUUUCUCGUCGGUUCAAAAUUGCUAGAUGCAACGUUUGGUAGCAUCUUGUUCAAAACUCGCAAACACAAGAUACGUAAGAAACCCAUCCCUACCUAACCCAAACCUGUGUGAUGUUUUCAUCAGUCAUCGCAAGAUCGACACCAAGAAGACAAUUUCAGGUCUAUUACAUGAUCAUUUCACUAGACUACAUUUAAAUUCUUUUCUGGAUAGCAAGAGUUUAAAGCCUGGGGAUAGACUUCUCUUUGAGGUCAAUGCAGCGAUAAGAGAAUGCAGUGUUGGUAUCGCGGUUUUCUCUCCUCGUUACUGCGACUCUUACUUCUGUCUCCAUGAACUCAUGAGGCUCAUGGAGAACAAGAAGAGAAUCAUCCCAAUCUUUUGCAAUGUCAAGCCAUCGGAACUCUGCGUUAAGGAUGACCGCACACGUCCGGCUGCCGAGAUCCGGAGGCUUCAAUUGGCUCUCGAGGAAGCAAAGUACACCGUAGGACUCACGUUUGACACAUCUAAUGGAGACUGGUCAGAGUUCUUGACUAUGGCAUCGGAUGCAGUCAUCGAUAAUUUGUUAGAUGUUGAACAGGGGAGACUAAGGAGCAUCAACCCCCACGUACAAGAACAUAUCUGCGUAGGUCAAUCAAUACAACAAUCAAUAAUAAAGCGUGUCUUAUCUUCCUUUUAUUAAUUUAAUGUAAUUUAAUUUAAUUUAAUUUGAUAAUUAGUUAGUUUUUUUAUGGAUUUUUCUAAGAAUGUAAAUAUCAUGCAAAAUGAAAAUGUUCAGAUAUAUAAGUUAUCUGGAAAGGUAUCAACUUGGCGAAAAAGAUUUUAAAAAAACGAGGAGAAACAAUUAAGAUUUGCAGUUUUUUUUUGUAAAAAAUGUUAAGUAUUAUCACCAGAUUUCAGUUUGAGACAUGGAUUACAAAGUUCACAUGUAGCAGAAUAACAGAAAUAAAACUAAACAAAAGAACCUAAUAACGAUUAUAGAACAAACGAAAAAACUAGAGAAAGGGAUUAGAACCAGACAGCACCAAAGCGAUGAUGGACCAGAAGAGAAGACAUGAACGGAGUGAGCUAACAGUUGCCAUGAGCCACCGGAAGGAAAUGCGCCCUCAAACCUUGAAACACACCGUUCCUACAACUUCUGAUUCACCCACAACCCACCACCUUCACAAAGAAUCACAUCUCGAACCUGCUUGUACACCCAAGAGGAACCACACCAGCAGCAUGAUAAAGGGGUAUUUCCAUGGGUUUGCCUUGGUAUCGUGUUCAUACUGUUGUAUUGAAUGAUCCCGGUCGUUGAGGAGAGAGCUACAACCGACGAUGCCCUCACCCUCGUUCGGAGAGAGAAGACUGAAGAUUGCUGCCUCCAACCUUCCUACCCGGGACCAUUACAUCCAUUUAACCGAGUGCUCAUAUAGAACAGCCAGAUAGGAAGAGCGCACCCCCUCCGGAGAAGCGCCUUCGAGUAGACAAGAAAGUCGAGAGCACCAGUGAAGCUUAUCCUUCACCACAAAACCAGAGCACUUCCAGCUUAGACCAGACCGCACUAAGGUUCACAGGAGAAAGAGACAGCGAUACGGAGAGCCACACCGCCGAGCACACACAAAACUUUGAGCAGCAGCCAACACCGAACACGCCAAGACGCACCUGCAGUUGACUAACCUAGACGCGCUGCCACCGAAGACCGAAGAGAGAGAGAGAAAUCCACUCACCAACACACUUCACGCGCCACCACCAGAGAUCAUCGGAAGAACACAAAUAUGGAUGAGAGACCUUAGAUCCACGGACCCAGACCCCUAAACUGCUGAGAAAUCCGACUCCAGCCACACCGAGAGGAUGACGAAACCGAAACAGGUUACUCGGAUCCUCAUGCGCCAAUCAAUUGUUUUUCUUCUCCAUUCUUUUCAUGUCUUAUGAUCUUAUCUGUUAUCCUCUCGUAUUCUUUAUCUGCGUUUUGUGGUCGUGGUGAUCUAUUUUGGUCAUUCUUGGGUCAGAUCUUGUAGCUGACAAGCAUAUCCGAUGAUUUUCGAUGAGUACUACGUCGGUGUGGCACUUUGUGUUUGUCUACUUGGGUUUUCUAUAUGGAUUUUGACCAGAGUUUUUAAGAGUUUCUGGUGGAUUGAUGGUAUUCUCGUUAAGUUCCGGAUCCUUGUGGAGUGACGGUUUUGGUGUUUUGUUGGUUUGAUUAACCUCCUCGACGUUUCGGUAGCAUGUUGUUUUCUCUUUUUGUUAAUAAGUUAUUGGCCACUGUUAGGGUAUAAUAGGUCAGAAUUGGUGGGAAUUAUCUUAUAGAAACAGAUUCAACCUUCUCAAGCCGCUAUUGUGGAUUAAAAAAAAAGAGCUAGUUUCAAGGAUCUGAACUUAUGUUUUUACAAUUUGGCCUCUAGUGUAAACUACCGAGUUAUUGUAGUUGAUCACCGAACUAUUCGACGGAAAGAACGAGUCAACAAAGAGGAUGAUGUGGGCUGAUAAAUAGAGGAUGAAGAGAAUUCGACUUGAGACUAAUCGUAUUUGUAAAAUAAUAAGUUUAUAUGAGUUUAUAUGACUAACUAUGAGUUUAAACAAGUUUUUUAGAAACAAUGUUUUAGCAACAUGUUUGUUUUAUGACUUUGGUAAAGUAGAAUUUGGUUUAGUAAAAUCUUUUUAUGGAUUAAGUAAUGGUAGUUGGUAACAAAAAGAUUUAUUAUCAUCACUCAUAUAUUUUACUUCAUAUAGAUAAAUGCUAGAGGUUAUUCUUCAUAAAGAAGAUGGAUUAGACAAAGCAUGUACUUUCUUUGGUUUAAAGUGAAAUCAGAAACCAAGACAUGAUGAUAUAUGAUCUUUUUUUUUUUUUAAAGACUAUUCUAUGAUUUGGGUAAUUAACCAAACCAGAACAGAACAAACAAAAUACAUAAAACCUUAUAAAAAUAUAUAGCAGCUUUAGCUAAAGAAUCUGCCGUCAAAUUAUCAGCUCGAGUCCAAUUGUGGCGUUCUGGAAUUCAGUGAUGCUAUCUCCUUAUGUUAUGUCAAUAAAUUGUGUCAUGGUCUUGGAUUCUCAAUCAUCCUUAUGAAAAUCUUGAUAAUUUGUUUCAAAGUGUUUUUUUUUUUGAACUUUAAUUGUUUCUUUAUUGUUUCAAAGUGUUGGCAUGUUGAUUAAUGGAGCAUACAUUUUACUGCCAAUUUUAGAGCUUCACGUUCUGCGUGUAGUGGAGACAUUCUUUUCCUUUGGAUUAUGGUUUCCAUAAGCUGCAUUUUCCCCAAUUCGUCUCACCAAACCCAAACCACAACCAUUAAAAUGAGAAUUAUGACGCUAAGAGCCAUCAAUCAUACGCAUAUACUUUGAAAGCAUACUGCUUUUAUUGGUCGAGGAUCUUGUUGAAUGUCAGAUCUAUCUUCCUCAGUAUUUGCCUCAUGCCAGACUCUACAUUCUCCCUCAGCAUGUCUAACAGUCUCCAAUAGAGUUCUGUUAAUCCUUCUAAAUUGAUUUUCAUUUCGAGCUUUCCAAAUGAACCAAAUCCAUGGGUAUGGAUAAAUGUCUUGUUCUAUGUCUUCAUUGUCUCUUUUCUUUCCAAAAAAUAAUAAUCUAUAUUAAUGUAAACAUGUGACUCAGGAAAAACCCUCUAAGCGAAGAAGAUGUAGACGAUAAUGCCAAAUUUGAAAAACUGGAGGCAUUCGAAUAUCGUAUGCGUAUGGUUUAUAUAUUCUGUAGCUCCACAUGUAGGACAGAUCACAUGGCUAUGAUCUUUAAUAUAUCUUAAAGUAAUAGUAAACCAUGAAUUAUUUCUUAUAUAAUUAAGCGUUAAAAAGAAAAUUAUGAGGUGUUUUUGCUACAUAACUAAGUCCCAUAUUCUUAAUUUUUUAAGCCUCAAGUCACUCACGCAUUAUGGCUUUGUGGAUUUUCUUCGUAUGUGUCCUCUCUCUUAGGUUAGUAGAAUUUCUGAUGUUGAGGAUCCACUAACUUCGUAAAAAACAAAACUCAAAACUUAGAUUGAAAUGGCUGUGAUACCAGAUUUACAAACACGUGAUUGAUCCAACCACAAAUGAGAUUUUUAGGCUCAAAUGUAUAUUUUAAAUCAUGUGUUUAAGGAUUCUCAAAAGAUAUAAAUAAGGAUUCAAGAGAAUACUUUUAUAACUAAAUUGGUUACUCCCUGCAGCAAGAUCGGAGAAACAAGUUCAAAUUCAAGUUUUCCUCUCAACUAUAUAACACUUACUGAGGAAGAAGGUUGUGGGAAAUGAAUGGAUCGAAAUCAACUACCUUCAGUACUGGAGCCGUCUAUAAAGCGAUCAAACACCACAACCCGCUUGUAGACUGGAGCAAGACAGUCUGGUGCCCGAGAGGAACCCCUAACCAUAGGUUCUUGCAAUUCCUCCUCAACUGCUGUCCGGCUAGAGAUCGCCUGCUGUCUUGGGGUCUAAACACUCCCUCUACAUGCCUCUUGUGCAACUCUUCUGAUGAAAGCCGAAGCCACCUCUUCUUCGAAUGUGUUUACUCUUCGCAAGUCUGGCACAACAUUGGAAAUCGAUCAGGACUAACCAUCUCCUCAUCAUGGGACCAAACUCUCACCGCUCUUCAUCAUCUAUCAGGGCCGUGACAUGCAAAGCUCCUCCCUCUCUUCGCGUGGCAGAGCACUAUCUACUACAUCUGGUCAGAACGAAAUGCUUGGAUGCAUAGGAAAACGUAUCGUCCACCGGAUUCCAUCUCCAACAUCAGGUCCAAAAUAGUUGAGAUCAGAACGAGCUCCCCGCGACUUUCCUCCUACAUAUUCCAAUUGUGGCAUCGGUGAUCCUCUCGAUGGUGAUCUUCACCGUUCCAGUUUUCUUCCUACUUGGGUCUAUCAAUUUGAGCUUUUAAUAUUGUGGUUAAAUUAGUGGAGCUAUAGGUUAUGGGUUUGUAUUAAUGGGCAACGCCCACAAAACUAUCUGGUUAGGCAGAAGCUUUUUGUAU